UCGUCGAGAUUUUGCCGUGGUCAGAGAGUAUAGUAGAAUGGGUAACUUUUCGGGUUUAACAGUUAUUCAGUUAUGCUGCCUUCUUUUGGCUUGCUACACUUGCUCAGCGGCUGGAUUUAGUUUAGGAAACGAAUAUUUCCGUUUAUUGGGGAACAAUUUUAAAAACGAAGAAUCCUCCAAGAAUGAGGUCGCGAAUUUGGAGUUGAAAGUGGAUCGACUAGAGGCUAAAGUUGAACAACAAGAAUCGCAAAUCGCUAGCCUGAUUAGUAAAGAAACGGAGAUGGAGAAACAACGGAAUUUAGAAAAGGCAAAGAUUGAGGGAAUGCCCAAGUCGUGUGAAGAUUUAUGGAAAAUAGGACACACCCUGAACGGAAUUUCCGCUGUUAAGGGAAAUAAGAGCAUCGAAAUUGUAUACUGUGAUUUCACUAAACAGCCCAACGAAGACGGUUUUCAGAAAUGGAUCGGAUACGCCGACAUUAAAUCAGCGCCCGUCCAUUUCUACGUCCAAAGAAAUCAUUCAUUCACAUCGACAAAAACUCCGAUUUCUUAUCAUUUGGCGCGAAUAAACGAAGGAAACGCCAUGAAUUUGUCAUCGGGGAAAUUCACGGCACCGCGACCUGGAACUUAUUUCUUCUCGUUCACGGGACUGGCGAGCUAUCCAUCUAGUGAGGGAACGAAUUAUGUAGAUGUGACUUUUAAAUUUAAUGGCGACGCCGUCGGAAAGGCUUGGGUUCACGAGGCAGACGUCACAUAUUAUGAUGAUAAUCCGAUGUCACUGCAAUUGACAUUAAACUUGAAACAAAAUGACGAAAUCUGGUUGGAAAUUGGUUCCAAAUCGGAUCGUGCGAUGCUGUUUGACGACAGGCGCCAUUUCACCCAUUUCACGGGUUUCCUGUUGGAUGAGGAAAUCGUCGCCUCCCUUUGAGUCAUCCGGAAUGCGAAAAAUGAAAAUCGACUGAGAACUGACACGGAAAUUAAUUUUUUUAUUGGGUUUUAUAACUUGGAGGAAUGAAAGACUAAUUUCAUUCUCGUUCAUUAUGGGGUAGGAAUUUCUUUGUAAUAUUUUUAAUGUACGCAUAUUAGAUGCACUAAAUACAUUUUCCUUAUAAUCAA